CCAGGCGGCUGGAAAAGUUUAACUCAAUAUGGCCGCGGAGAAGGACCCCGCUUAUUCUAUUGUGGAAUAUAUGCGGAGUCACAAGGGUUACAAAUGUGGUUACUGCAAAUCAAGUGACACGAACUUCAGCCACGGCAUGUGGGCACACAGAAUGGCUGUUGGUGACUACCAGGCGCUGAUAGACCGAGGGUGGAGGCGAAGUGGAAAGUAUUGCUACAAGCCAACCAUGGAAAAGACCUGCUGCCCAAUGUACACCAUCAAAUGUGAUGCCCUGGAGAUCAAGCUCAGCAAAAGUCAAAAGAAAGUUCUCAAACGUAUGCAUCGGUAUCUUAGUCACGGUGGGAGGAAGGAAUGCAGAACACCAGAAAUGGAUAGCACUUGUGAAGCGGGAGAAAAUGAGGAAUAUGUGAAGCCAGAAUCUGAAGCAAAAUUUGAUGUGUCAUCAUUUUCUUUACCAGAAUCUGUUGCAAUUCCUGAACAACGUUUACAGUCCAGCAAUAGUAAAUCAGAUAACAAUGAAGUAUCUGCUGACUGCAAGCCCAAGGCCAUUGAAGGUACAGAUGCUCCUUCUCCAACCAAAGAUUCACCAAAUAGUAAUCAGGAGGGUAGAAGAAAUGUUUCUCCAGGCAUCGGUCCAGAUGCCAGUCGACCGCCAUGCAGGAAAGCAAAGGUCAUCAGGCAAGAGAGGCGGGAGGCAAAGUUAGCCAAGCGGGCACUGGAUAGCUUGGGUAGAGGUGAAUCUCCAAUGGAAAUCAAAGUGUCUAAGCAGAGCAACACUGAAAAGUCUCUGGAGGACUUCUUGUGUGAGCCUCUUCCAGCAAACCCAGUCCACAACUUGGAGGUUAGACUAGUUCGUUCCCAGCCAAGCAGUGCUGAGUUUCUGCAGAGUUUCAAGAAGGCUCAUCAGUUGUAUCAGAAAUACCAAAUUACCAUCCACGGAGACACGGCAGACAAGUGUAAUGAGUCUCAGUUUAAGCGGUUCCUGUGUAAUUCACCCCUUGAGCUGAAGCUGGUGAGGGUUGAUCCUUCCGAGGCAGCAUUCAAAGCCACCUAUAAUGCCUCAUAUGCUGUCUUUCGGAAGUAUCAGCUGGAAGUGCAUCAUGAUUCAGAAUGCGAGUGUGACAAGAUGUCCUACCAAAACUUCCUGGUUGAUGGGCCCCUGUUGCCUUGGCAGCCAGGAAAUGGCCCAGAACAGGGUUAUGGCUCCUUCCACCACCAGUAUUGGCUGGAUGACAGACUCAUUGCAGUGGGAGUCCUUGACAUCCUGCCACACUGUGUAUCCUCUGUCUACCUUUAUUAUGACCCCGAGUAUUCAUUCUUGUCAUUGGGAACCUACGCUUCAUUGAGGGAGUUGGCAUUGGUGCGUGAGCUGCAACGCAGAAUAGCGUCUCUCAAGUGGUACUACAUGGGUUUCUAUAUCCAUUCUUGCCCCAAGAUGCGUUAUAAGGGGAAGUACAAACCCUCUUUCCUACUUUGUCCUGAGACUUAUGAGUGGAUUCCCAUUGAAUUAGCUACACCCAAACUAGACAAGGCAAAGUACAGCAGGUUGAAUGAUAACGUUUAUGCUGUGGAUAGCAAUGGCCGUGUGGAUAUUAACAAGAUUCUGGUUCUUCAUAAUCGAAAUCUGGUAAGAUAUGGAGAUUACCAGUCACAUUUUGCUGAUGAAGAUGAUGAUGAAGAAGAAGAAGAAAUUAGGGAAUAUGCAUCACUGGUAGGAGCAAAAAGUGCAUAUACUUUAUUUUUAUGUCGAAGCUGAGCAUGCAUGUCCGACAUGUUCAGAAUAUAGUCACAUACUCUAUUUGUUUCCUCUACUCGAGGUUUUCUGUUAGUUAUCCUCAGGAUAAAUUGCAGAUAUUAUUAUUAUAUAUUGCUUAUAUAUAUUCUAAACUAUCAAGAAUGUCUUUUGCUGCCUUAAACAUUGUAAAUGUUGUUAAUAUAUUUGUUGUACGAGACUUCACUAAAAUUAAUAAAGGUUCUCCAUUGAAUUAAA